AUGAGUGACGCUUAUGAACGCGAGCAGCAGAACAAUGCUCUCUUAAACUCCCUCUCAUCCAAGGUCUCCGCUCUGCGCAGCGUCACGAUCGACAUCCAUGACAAUGCUCAUGACCAAGGCACCCUCGAUCACACGAACGAAGUGUUCUCUUCCUUUUCAACGAAUUUAAAAGGCAGCGCCUCUCGGUUGACCCGGAUGGCAAAACAAGGCGACACAGUGGCAGUCCUCAAAAUCGCGGGCAUGGUGAUUGCGGCCGGCUUCCUUAUCUACAUAAUUUUCGGAUGGAUCUUUUGA